AGAAGGGAAAGCAUCAGCGUAGCGGCGCCGGAGGAGGAGAGGAAAGAAGAGGAGAGAAAGCCUGUCCGAUAUAAACUCAAAACAUCAGCACUUUGAUGGUGGAAGAAAUCUUUUAACACACAGACGAAUGAAACUGGGCCACCUGUCAGUUUGAAGACUACAUUUCUGCCUUUGGCAAGCAUCCCCCUCCCCCCACAGCGCUACGAUGCCACCCCCGGCUGACAUAGUCAAGGUGGCCAUUGAGUGGCCUGGGGCCUUCCCCAAGCUAAUGGAAAUUGACCAGAAAAAGCCACUGUCAUCAGUUAUAAAAGAAGUGUGUGAAGGGUGGUCGCUGGGCAAUCAUGAAAACUUUGCUUUGCAACAUGCGGAUGUCACAAACUUUUAUAUCACAGAAAAGAAUCGUAACGAAAUAAAAAAUGGUGCAAUUCUUCUACUGACUUCAUCCCCUGCUCAAACAGCAAAGCAGCUUCAUGAGAGGAUCCAGUCCUCCAGCAUGGAUGUUAAGUUAGAAGCACUCAAAGACCUGGCCAACUCAUCCCGAGACAUCACCUUCGCUCAGGAGUUUAUUAACCUGGAUGGCAUCUCUCUCCUGACUCAGAUGGUAGAGAGUGGAACAGAACGAUAUCAGAAACUGCAGAAGAUAAUGAAACCCUGUUUCGGAGAUAUGUUGUCCUUUACUCUGACUGCGUUUGUAGAGCUGAUGGAUCACGGAAUAGUCUCCUGGGACACUUUCUCAGUGGCUUUUAUCAAAAAGAUAGCAAGUUAUGUAAAUAAGUCAGCAAUGGAUGUGGCAGUUUUGCAGAGGUCCCUUGCUAUUUUGGAAUCAAUGGUGUUGAAUAGUCAUGACCUCUACCAAAAGGUGGCGCAAGAGAUUACCAUCGGCCAGCUCAUCCCACAUCUACAAGGGGGUGAUCAGGACAUCCAGACAUAUACUAUUGCUGUAAUUAAUGCACUGUUCCUAAAAGCACCAGCAGAAAAGAGACAGCUUGAUUUGGAGGACAAUGUUAACAUCCUUGAUUGCCCUCUAACAGAAAUGGCAAACGUCUUGGCUCAGAAACAGCUCCGCUCUAUCAUUUUAAGUAAUGUUAUCCGCAGCAACAGAUCCAUUAACUCUGAAAUGGCUCAUCAGCUCUAUGUGCUUCAAGUUUUGACCUUCAACCUUUUGGAAGACCGGAUGAUGACAAUGAUGGAUCCCCAGGAUCAGGCCCAGAGAGACAUCAUAUUUGAGCUCCGUAGGAUCGCAUUUGAUGUUGAGUGUGAACCUAAUAACAGUGGCAGCAUAGAGAAGCGCAAAUCCAUGUACACCAGGGACUACAAAAAGCUUGGAUUCAUUAAUCAUGUCAAUCCAGCGGUGGACUUCACCCAGAUUCCUCCAGGGAUGCUUGCUCUGGAUAACAUGCUGUACUUUGCCAAGCACCAGCAGGAUGCCUACAUUAGGAUUGUGUUAGAAAACAGCAGCCGGGAAGACAAACACGAGUGUCCUUUUGGUCGAAGCAGCAUUGAGUUAACCAAGAUGCUUUGUGAAAUCCUGAAAGUAGGAGAGCUGCCCAGUGAAACCUGCCCUGAUUUCCACCCCAUGUUCUUCAUCCAUGACCGGUCCUUCGAGGAGUUCUUCUGCAUCUGCAUUCAGCUGCUAAAUAAGACCUGGAAAGAGAUGAGAGCCACCUCUGAAGACUUCAACAAGGUUAUGCAGGUGGUGAAAGAGCAGAUCAUGAGAGCACUGAACACCAAGCCUAACUCGCUGGACCAGUUUAAAAGUAAACUGCAGAACCUGAGCUAUACAGAGAUUCUGAAAAUUCGUCAGUCUGAAAGGAUGAACCAGGAAGACUUCCAGUCUCGUCCUAUCCUCGAGCUGAGGGAGAAGAUCCAGCCAGAGAUCAUGGAGCUAAUCAAGCAGCAGCGUCUCAACCGGCUGUGUGAGGGAACGUGCUUUAGGAAGAUCAGCAGCCGACGACGGCAAGACAAGUUUUGGUACUGUCGUCUGUCUCCGAACCACAAGGUCCUGCACUAUGGAGACUUGGAGGAGAGCCCCCAGGGAGAAGUGGCCCAUGAUUCUUUGCAGGAGAAAUUGCCAGUGGCAGAUAUUAAAGCUAUUGUAACUGGAAAGGACUGUCCCCAUAUGAAGGAAAAAGGAGCCCUGAAACAGAAUAAGACAUGGAAGGGAGAUGGCUUUGGCACUGCAAAGGAGGUGUUGGAACUUGCGUUCUCAAUUUUGUACGAGUCUGAUGAAUAUUUGAAUUUUAUUGCCCCUGACAAGAAUGAGUACUGUGUGUGGACGGACGGUCUGAAUGCCCUUCUAGGGAAGGAGAUGGCAAGCGAUCGUACCAAGUCUGACCUGGACACGCUACUCAGCAUGGAGAUGAAGCUCCGCCUCCUCGACCUUGAGAACAUUCAGAUCCCAGAGGCCCCGCCCCCUAUUCCCAAAGAGCCUAGCAACUACGACUUUGUUUAUGACUGCAACUAACAAUGGACUAACGAAAUAAUUUCUUAUUCGUCAUACUGGAAGAAAUUAAAAAAAAAAAAAAAAAAAAAAAAAACUGGAUCCGUCUUUGAAGUUAAACUUUUUUUCAUGCUAUACUUGCUAAUCUCAUUAGAUGUAUUUUAACAUAAACAUAGCACUUAAUAGCUUGCCCAUAUGGCCUUCUAAACAGUUAUCAACCACAAUCAGGCCGAAAAAUGGGCUAUCUUGUUUACAUUAGGCCAGGAACUGUACAAAGUAUACACAGCUAUGGACAAAAGUUUAGCAUCACCCUAUAGAAUUAACUAAUGUUGCUUUAUAAAGUAGAAUGAAACCUGCU